CCAGAGCCAUUCAGGGCAGCAGAGAGACCCGUCGGCCUGUCGACACCAUGGCGGCCAUAAGCAAGUACCUGACAGCGAAGAACUCCUCCAUAGCAGGCGGCGUUCUGCUCCUCUUAUACAUCUUAAAACAAAGAAGACGGGCGAGCCAGCUCAACUGCAAAAAGGGCUCAGCAUUGGUCCAGAAAAAUGACAAAGAGGGCAAAAAAGAACGGGCGGCGGUGGACAAGCUGUUCUUCCUCAGAAUCUACCGCAUCCUUCGGAUCAUGACCCCUCGCUUUUUAUGCAUGGAGACGGGCUACAUGGUCCUCAUCGCGGUCAUGUUGGUGACCAGAACCUACUGUGACGUGUGGAUGAUUCAGAAUGGGACCAUGAUUGAGAGUGCAAUUAUCGGUCGCUCAGCUAAAGAUUUCAAGACCUACUUGAUGGGCUUCUUGAAAUUCAUUCCAGCUAUUGCCUUGGUGAACAACCUACUGAAGCUGGGCAUAAACGAACUCAAGCUGCGGUUCCGUGAGAGGCUCACCCAGUAUCUCUACGACCAGUACCUCCAGGGCUACACGUACUACAAGAUGGGCAACCUGGACAACAGGAUCUCAAACCCGGACCAGCUACUGACGCAGGACGUGGAGAAGUUCUGCAACAGCGUGGUGGACCUCUACUCCAACCUCAGCAAGCCCCUCCUGGACAUCGGAUUGUACAUCUUCAAGCUGACCAGUGCCAUAGGUGCCCAGGGUCCCACCAUCAUGAUGGCCUACCUGAUCAUCUCGGGUCUGUUCCUGACCAGGCUGCGGAGGCCCAUCGCCAAGAUGACCGUCUCAGAGCAGCGCUACGAGGGGGAGUACCGCUACGUCAACUCCCGCCUCAUCACCAACAGUGAGGAGAUUGCCUUCUAUAAUGGGAACCUGAGGGAAAAGCAGACCAUUCACUCCACGUUCCAGAAACUGGUGGACCAUCUCCAUAAGUUCAUCUUCUUCCGCUUCUCCAUGGGCUUUGUGGACAGCGUCAUCGCUAAAUAUAUAGCCACAGGGGUGGGCUACCUGGUGGUCAGCAGACCCUUCCUGGACCUGUCGCACCCCAGGCACCUGCACACCAGCCAAUCUGAACUGAUGGAGGACUACUACCAAAGUGGGAGGAUGCUUCUGAGGUUGUCCCAGGCCCUAGGCAGGAUCGUCCUAGCCGGCCGAGACAUGACGCGUCUUUCUGGGUUCACGUCUCGCAUCGCUGAGCUGAUGAAAGUUUUGAAGGAGCUCAACGCGGGCAAAUACGAACGCACAAUGGUCACCCAGCAGGAGAAAGAUCCCGGGUCUGUGUCGGAGAAACUAGCCCUGGUUCCCGGAAGUGGUCGGGUUAUCAACGCAGACCACAUCAUCAAGUUUGACCACACACCGCUGGCAACGCCCAAUGGAGAGAUCCUGAUCAAGGACCUGUCGUUUGAGGUGAUGUCUGGCGCCAACGUGUUGGUGUGUGGUCCCAACGGCUGUGGCAAGAGCUCCUUAUUCAGAGUCCUGGGAGGGCUUUGGCCUCUGUUUGGGGGAGAGCUGACCAAACCAGAGAGAGGGAAGCUCUUCUAUGUUCCCCAGAGGCCUUACAUGACGCUUGGCUCUCUAAGGGACCAGGUCAUCUACCCGGACACGUUCGAAGAACAAAACCGUAAAGGCAUCUCUGACCAGGUGCUGAAGGAGUACCUGGACAACGUGCAGCUGGGCCACAUCCUGGAGCGGGAGGGGAGCUGGGACAUGGUGCAGGACUGGAUGGACGUGCUGAGCGGAGGGGAGAAGCAGAGGAUGGCUAUGGCUCGAUUGUUCUACCACAAGCCCCAGUUUGCCAUUCUGGAUGAGUGCACGAGUGCCGUGAGCGUGGACGUGGAGGACUUCAUCUAUAGCCACUGCCGGACGGUUGGCAUCACCCUAUUCACCGUGUCACACAGAAAGUCCCUCUGGAAGCACCACAAGUUCUACCUGCAUAUGGACGGCAGAGGGAACUACGAGUUCAAGCCCAUCACAGAGGAGACGGUGGAGUUCGGCUCCUAGUCCUGUCCCCAGACGGGGCCGCUGGCCCAGGGACCAGGACCACCCCGGGAACAGAGCCCGGUCCACUAACUGAAUCUGAAGAUAGAACGUUGUCCACUAAAACUUAGACACAAUCUUCUUUUUAAUCAAACCUAACUCAUUUGUUUUGUUUUUGUUUUUUCCGAGUUAUUUAAAAUUGAAAAAUCUGUUGAGUAAUUUAAGGCCCUUUGACAAGGGUCACAUUUUGUAGAGAUGAAGUUAAAAUAAUGUGCCUGGUAACUGGUUGAGCGGUGCGGGGCUGGUACAGGAGAUGUGGGAGGCAGUGAGCGCAGGGCCAGUACAGUCCCCUGGUCAGGGUAAUCGACGGUAGUUGUCUCUGAGAGAACCGCCUCACAGAGGAAUGUGAUAUAAAAGUGACUUUUUUUAUGAAUGGUAAUGCUGCUCUAAUCAAAGUCCCUCAGAGCUGAGGAACUCCUAAUGGGUGUAUUUUGUGUAUUCUUUAAUCCAGGAUCAAUGAAAUGUUAAAUGGGAAUCUGGGUUGUGUGUAGAUGCAGAGAUGUUUGAAGGUCCUGGUGGGUUUUAGAGGAGGAGGCCUAUGAUGAUAUGCAGAUGAUGCCAUACGACUUUUACCCCCCACCCUUCCUUAAUGUACCUCCAUUUGUCACUGUAAGGUAACACUAUUAUUGGUCCUUUUUUAAUGCAAGGAAGUCUCUGUAUAAAUUGUAUAUGGACAUUAACUGUAUUAAAACCAGGCGCAGGGUCCUGAAAUAAAAUUAUUGACAAAUGACAACAA